UUCCUUCAUAAAAUAAUCGAUGGCAUAUGUGGCCGUUCGUAUCCUCGGUACCAGGAUUAUGGGAGUAUUUGGAGCUUGUCGGAGUGGAUGGAGGUUUUAGAAGAGACAACGAUGUAUUUCAAAACUGCGGUUGGCCAAAACAUAUCUGAUGAAGAGGCUGCUCAGCAGAUAAAUGAGUUGAAUUCAAACUAUCAAGAAGCAAUCAUGAAAUGUCUAAAAGGCAGAAAGGAAGAAAUCAGGAAUGCGCUAGUGGAAAGAGUAAAUGCAAUCUCUUCUGCCCAGCUGCAAGAUUUUGACUGGCAGUUAAAGCUUGCUCUCUCCAGUGAUAAAAUCUCCAUGCUGCAAAUGCCACUUGUCAAUCUUGAUUUGGAUGUGAGAGAAAAUGGUGAGAUCAAGCCAAUUUCUAUUGAGAUGAAUAAGGAAGAGUUGCAGAACCUAAUAAAUGCACUGGAAGCCGCUAACAAGGUUGUCUUGCAACUGAAAUGA